AUGGCUCACCGGUCGAAGCGGGCCAAGAACAAGGAGCUGGAUGGCCGAUGUGUGGAUGAGCGAUUGAAGGAGGAGGCCAAACCUCGAAUCGAUGGACGGUUUCGUCGUGUGGAUCCGUAUUUGUAUCGGUUUCAGUGCUACACAAAAGGGCGGUGGAUUGGGCGCACCAUCUUAGAAGUCUUCGCCAAGGAGUUUCGAGCCAACACACGCGAAUACUACGUCGACCGCACACGGGGCGGAUGCACCAAAUCCGCGUCCAUCUCAAACACCUCGGUCAGCUGCACCAGCAUCACCACGUCUUACGUGCUCUUCGUGGUUCUGACACGGCAUCCGAUUGCAAACGACCCACUAUAUGGACGGCGUGUGUGGACGCGCGACGCAACGCCCGCUGCUGUUGCUGCCGACCUCGAUACGGCUCUCGAGCAGCGCGAACGGGCACAGGAAGACGCAAAGGUACGGCAAGACGCAAAGGCAAGACAGAAAUCGCGGGGGCAGGGGGAUGUGGCUGCAGUGGAGCAGGGAGGAGCGCGGGGUGGCGAGGAGCAUCGCAUGGUGGGCUGCGCCGACUGCAAUCGCGUGUACCCGGACCCAAGCGACGAGGACAUGUGCCUCUAUCUUCACGCGUGCAAAUUUACGUGUUCGGUUGGCACGUUCACCACGCGGGUGCCAAGUUGGGCACAGCAGCCCAACAACCCCAGAACACCAUCGCAGCAACAAGAACAGGAACAGGAACAGCAGCAGCGGUGGUGGUCAUCGUCCUCAUGCUCUCUCCAGUGA